GAACUACACCUAUGUUUUGAUCAUAAAUUUAAAUGCGUUUUUAGUGGGCCGAUCUAAGUGAAAUUUAUUUGAUUGUUAUAUAAUAUAUUGAAGUAGUUUAUGGGCCAGUUUUAUAAUCUAUAUUUAAACGAAGGGAACUUUUAAACAUAAGUUACCCCUGCAGGAUUGUUGAUUUAAAAAUAUUUAAGCUCUAAGGCAGUAUUAAAUUUCUGUCUUAAUUGUCCAUUUUAGUCUGCAUAGUAUUGUUAUGGAAAAUAUUGACGAAAAUAAAAGGAAGCCUCGACGUACACGUGGCACACCUGCUUAUCAAUACAGAAAUAAAUUUGCUUUUGCGUGGAUUGCUUUGGGAUCUGUUCUAUUUGCCGCUUGGGCUUGCACUCCUGUCUUCCAAAAAGCUAACAAGAGUCUUUGUGACGUAUUAUCACAUCCUACCGAAGAAGAGAUUGAUAGGCGUUAUUUGUUUAGUUUGCCAAAGCCACUGCCGAGUAGAGAGAUACAAAAACGCAUUGAUGAAGGAAAAGAGAUAAGUUCUCAAAGAUAAAUAUUGUGCAAGCAAACAAUAACCCUAAUGGACCGAGAAACACGUAAAACAAAUUUAAAAAAACUUCGGUUGUCGGGUAUUACGCAUAUCGGAGAAUGCGGAAACGGUAGUUUACGGUAAUAGAUACAAUUAAAACAAAAUU